GGGUAGCUCAAAAUCAAAUAGUUCUGAGAUAAACACUUAGUGUCACAGCUACACAGGGGACAGUCAUGAGAGUAACUUUAGAGAAUCGCCAUUCAAAGUAAACACUGGAUUAAGAAUACAGCAAACAAAUGCCCAACAAAGUGACAACAGAUGCUGAAUUAUGGACAUUUACUAUGCUUUCAAAUAUCAUGAUGGAAGUCCUUUUAGAUAACGAACAUGACUACCAUUACCACGACCAUGACAACAGUUCUAACCACAGUGACUACAACGACAUGGAAUUUGAAUUACACACAGUUUGCGACAAACAAGAGGUUCGGUCCUUUGCUGGGGUUUUUCUGCCAGUUGUCUAUACACUAGCAUUGAUUCUGGGCCUGGCUGGAAAUUCCAUGGUCAUUUUCAUUUACCUUUCCCACAAGCGUUUACGGACCCUGACAGACGUCUUCAUCCUAAACCUGGCCUUCGCAGACCUCCUCCUGCUCCUCACACUCCCCUUCUGGGCUGCGGAUGCAGUGAACGGCUGGGAGAUUGGCACAGCUGCCUGUAAGAUCACCUCUGCCCUCUACACCACCAACUUCAGUUGCAGCAUGCUGCUGCUAGCCUGCAUUAGCAUAGACCGCUAUCGUGCGCUAGCCAGAGGCUCUACUGCCACCCACGCCCCAGCCAGGAACAACGGCCGCAGGCAGAGGAUAAUCAUGUGCCUACUGGUUUGGGGGCUCGCCAUUGUCCUGGGGUUGCCAGAUAUGGUGUUCUACACAGUGACGAUGCAGAACUCGAGUGGUCGUAACACCUGCCGGGCGGUUUAUCCGCAAAGCAUGGCACGGGCGGCUAAGGCAACUCUAGAAAUUCUGGAAGUGUCUCUAAGCUUUCUUCUGCCUUUCCUGGUGAUGAUGUUCUGUUAUUGUAGGGUGGGAGUUGUGUUGAGUCAGGCUGCUACAGCAGGGGUACGGAGCGGGAGAAGAUGGCGAGCAUUUCGGGUGUUGAUAGCGGUAGUAGGGGUGUUUCUGUUGACCCAGCUCCCAUAUAAUCUGGUAAAACUGGUCAGAGCCCUGGAUGUGAUCUACAUUUUAGUGACGGAAUGUGAGCUGAGCAAAAACUUGGACCGGGCCAAUCAAAUUACUGAGAGUCUGGCCCUCACACAUUGCUGCCUGAACCCAGUGCUCUACGUGUUUAUCGGAUCGUCCUUUAAAAUGCAUGUUCUGAAGCUCGUCAAACGCUGUGGCCAGACAGGCAGAGGGUACCGGCAUGGCAACGAGCAGCCCACUGUCGAGAUCUCCCUUAAGUCAGGCACACAAACUCACACUCACUCUUCGUCGGAAAAUGAAGACACGAGUACGUUCACCAUAUGACAUGGCAAUAACUAUGAGGACUGACAACUGUAUACCAGGACAUUAUAUCUAAAUGUAAAGGUGUUUAAGUAACUUUGAUGUACAAUGUUCAUUAAGGCCAAAGUAUACUUCAGUUUGGGGGCGAAAGCUAGCGUAGAGUAGUGUAGUGUCUGUACUUAGAAAAAUCCGGCUGGGUGUGUACAGUAUGCAUGUACUAUGCUGAUGAUGACAUUUAUGAUAUGCACUGUAUGCAUACCCUAACAUACAUGUACAAAAACUAUACUUAUGGCUUAAAGGGUUAGUUCACCAAAAAAUAAAAAUUCUGUCAUUAAUUUCUCACCCUCAUGUCAUUCCAAAACCAUAAGACGUUUGUUCAUCUUCGGAAUACAAAUGAAGAUCUUUUUUAUGAAAUCUGAGAGCCUUCUUUCCCUCCAUAGACAGCUAUGCAACUGAAACUCUGAAGCUUCAAAGAGUUCAUAAAGAGAUUGUAAAAGUAAUCCAUUUGAAUUGAGCAGUUUAGUCCACAUUUUCUGAAGAGAUCUGAUCACUUUAUAUGAUGUACAGAUUGAAUUUAGGCUGAAUUUAUUCACAUAUAAACAUUGAUCAGUGAACAUAAACAGAAGUUCAACUGAACUUGCUUGACGCACACAAACCUAUUCUCCUAUUCUCUAUAUAAACCUAUUCUUGAAGCUCAAACGUGCUCAAACGUGCUGCGAGAAUAAACCUCAUUGGUUCUCACAAACAUGCUUGAGCUUCCAUUGGUUUAUAACAACUGAUGUGUGAGUUGAUGAAUGUUUAUGUGAAUAAAAUCCAAAAUUCAAUCUGAUCAUCUUAUAAAGCGAUCCUGUCUCUUAAGAAAAUGUGGACUAAACUGCUAAAUUGAUUUGGAUUAGUUUUACGAUCUCUUUAUGAAUUUUUUGAAGCAUCAAAGUUUCAGUUGCAUAGCCAUCUAUGGAGGGACAGAAAGAUUCGAAAGAUUGUUCCGAAGAUGAACAAAAGUCUUACGGGUUUGGAACGGCAUGAGGGUGAGUAAUUAAUAACAGAAUUUUCACUUUUGUGUGAAAUUGUCUAUGACAUUGUCUAUUUCAUGUUUAAUGAGAUCUUUCAUUAUAUGUCUACAGUUCAAAGCAUGCUGUUUAUCAGUAAACUGAAUCUGUGCCCACAGAAUUCCACGGAAAACUCUGCAGAACCUGUCGUUAACAAGCCUUGUGUGUUUAUUAAAUGUUUUAGUUACUAAUGGUCUCUGCUAACAAUAUUGCUAUUUACUAAGUUUGAGUUAAUAAUAUUCCACAGAAUUCCCACAAUCAGUGCAGAAAAUGUAAAAAACAGUGCACAGAUUCCAUGUGGGCAUAUUUAUCAAUUAUUAUAUUGACUACAUAAAGAAAGUGUAUAGUGAACUCAGGGACCUUGUGUAGAAAAGAUACCCUGUGUCCAAGACGUUACAUAUUUGUACAGUAAUAAUAUAUAUCUUCAAUGUAAAUAUAUUUUUAGGUUAAAGCAUACUCA